AUCGCAGGGUCGCUCGAUCGCUGAUGACUCCUUUCAGACGCCUCGCUCGAAGGAUAGGACGAUAGGUGUGUGCCCGUGGGGUUACGGUCGUGGGUCCUCGAUCGAAACAACGUCGCGUGGACAUUCCGAUUCCGUAUUAUGGAGCCGUACGACGUGAUCGUCAAUCAGCCGGUGGUUAUCGACAACGGAUCCGGCGUGAUCAAGGCAGGGUUCGCGGGCGAUCAGAUACCAAAAUGCAGAUUUCCGAAUUACAUUGGGAGGCCAAAACAUGUACGUGUUAUGGCUGGUGCUUUGGAAGGAGAUCUGUUCGUGGGUCCAAUAGCGGAGGAGCAUCGUGGCCUUUUAUCUCUUCGGUAUCCAAUGGAACAUGGGGUGGUCACAGAUUGGAACGACAUGGAGCGCAUCUGGUCUUACGUUUAUAGUAAAGAUCAGUUAGCUACGUUCAGUGAGGAGCAUCCGGUGUUGCUUACAGAAGCACCUUUAAACCCCAGGAAGAAUCGUGAGAAGGCAGCCGAAAUAUUUUUCGAAACGUUUAAUGUUCCAGCUUUAUUUGUUUCCAUGCAAGCUGUACUUAGCUUAUAUGCAACAGGCAGAACUACGGGAGUAGUUCUAGAUGCUGGCGAUGGUGUUACGCACGCUGUACCUAUUUACGAAGGUUUUGCUAUGCCUCACAGUAUAAUGCGAGUUGAUAUAGCAGGACGUGAUGUUACAAGGCAUCUUAGGCUACUUUUACGCAAGGAAGGUAUUAAUUUCAAGACCACAGCAGAAUUUGAAAUUGUCAGAAUAAUUAAAGAGCGAGCGUGCUACCUCGCUAGCAAUCCUCAGAAAGAAGAAACAAUAGAGACGGAGAAGUUUCAAUAUGUCUUACCUGACGGCAGUCACUUGGAGAUUGGUCCGGCACGAUUCAGAGCUCCUGAAGUGCUGUUUAGACCAGAUCUGAUAGGUGAAGAAUGCGAAGGCCUUCAUGAAGUACUAACGUAUUCCAUUCAGAAGUCUGAUUUGGAUUUGAGAAAGGUUCUAUUCCAAAAUAUCGUAUUGUCGGGAGGAUCGACAUUAUUCCGCGGUUUCGGUGACAGAUUAUUAUCGGAGAUUCGUAGGAUGUCGCCAAAAGACAUUAAAAUAAGGAUAUCUGCGCCUCAGGAACGAUUAUAUAGUACUUGGAUUGGAGGUUCCAUCUUGGCUUCUUUAGACACCUUCAAAAAGAUGUGGGUGAGCAAAAGAGAAUUUGAGGAAGAUGGUAUACGGGCUAUUCACCGUAAAACAUUUUGAAUUUAAUUUAGAGAAGCUUUCGAAAAUGUUAUAUAUCGAAUAAUUUUAUUAUAAUACGAAAUGAUGGCACACACACUCGGCACGAUACAAAAUAAUAUGUCGCAGCAAGCAUAAUUUAUAAUUGUUUUGGAUAGUAACUCGUAUAAUUUCUAUCAUUAUUUCAAGGAGUCAUUACUUAGGUAUUUCUAAUUAUAUUUUUAAGGCCCGCGAUAUAGUGCAAAAACCGUUUCGAUUUAUUUUUGCUUUAAUCGAUUAAUGUGACUUUAUUUUGAUAGAUAUAUACAUGGUUGUGUUAAUAUACAAUUAAUAUACAUGAAUAAUUUUGCAAAGACUGUAUAACACGUAAAAGUGAAAGGAAAGCUAGCACAUCUCGAGAUCCCUUAAAAAUGUAAAUAACGACUUUUCGAAUCAAAUGAAUCAUGGUCAAACGUAAAAUUCUAAAUUGGUUUUAGAACUUAUUUAUUUAUAUUUAUAUAUUUAUGCUGUGCGCUCUGUUCUGUUAUGUGUAUUACGGCAGUGUACAUGAUUUUUUAUUUACUAAGAGAAAGUGCUCUAUUUCGUCUUCAAUAUAGCGAAACGAGGUAUUCUGUAAUUUCUAUGUGCAGUAACAUUUAUGCAAAAUAUUUGUAAAUAUGUAUGCUUUCGUAAAAAUAAAUCUUUAUAGUCUUUACACCUACAAACACAACACACAUAAGUGCAUGUGAUUAAAAUAUGAAUUUCUACAAUUGUAACGUCGAGAUUUGUAGCUUUACAUUAAACAAUUGAUUCCAACAUACUUUGUAUCACGCAUAAACUAUUAAUUUUUAAAUGUAUAUUAAAUGCUGAAGGAGAACGCAAUCUUUGUUACUUUUUAUUUAUGUAUUAGUAUGUUUUAGCUGUGAUAAGAAUAGGGAUUAUCGGAAAGUUUAUUGACGUUCUUAUCGCUGCGUAAAAAGAAAGAUCGAGUUUUGAAAAUAACAAGCAAUAACUUGAUUGGAACGGAUUCAGUCAUCAAAUAAUAUCUGUUAGAAUUGUAUAUUAUAUAUAUGCCUGCACUGUUCGGAGAGAAACGAAUAUCGAGAAUAUUCAGAAACUUGUUGACAAUUAUUUAAUGUCGCACACGCAAUGGAAAAAAAAAUACUCGAAAUACGAGAUGCUGCACAAGGCAAAAGUACUAUAUGUAGAAAAAUUUAGAAAAUGCGCCUGAAUCAAUAUAUUAUUUAAAAGACAACCUGCAAAGGCAUCUAUAUUAAAGCUAGUGUAACGAGUGUUUAUACCAUUUUUAAUUAUUUAACAAAUGUGUAUUUUUGUUUAAAUAAACAACUGUACGAGA